AGAGCUUUUCGGAUUAUAAGUUGAACAAUGUUUUACAAGUUCACAUGAAAUUUUCUGAGUCAUGUUAAAAGUGAUAAAUGUUGUUCAAAUGUAAAUAGUAUAUAAUAUAUAUUUAUGUAUAUUAUGUUUCUAUACUGAUGCAGGUUUGUUUGUAAUUAUAGUGUCAGAAAGUGACUUUGUUAAAACCAGUUAAUUUAUAAAAUGGCAACAAGUUCUCAGUCUUCAGUUGAGCUGGGUUCGCAUGAAGUGAAGGACUAUAUUUGCAAUGCCUGUGAAGACCAGAAUAAUGUUGUGACAAGUGCUGAUUUCUAUUGUAAACAGUGUGAACGGUUAUAUUGUGGAAACUGUAUUGAUCCACAUAGUAAAGCCUUGGCUAAACAUACUACAUUUGGAAGGGUCGAAAUAGAUAAAUGGCCAGUUUCAAAAAAGGUGGUGGAUUUUCUACAAAUUUGUGAUGUUCAUAAGGACCAUAAAAUUGACCAAUUCUGCAACCUGCACAAACAGCUGUGCUGCCCACAGUGUGUAUCUGAUCAACACAGCCAGUGCAGUAAAGUGACUCCAAUUAAUGAGCUGACUGACACGCAGCCCACAGACCUACAGGGACUGUCAGUGGAGCUGGAAACUGUCCUGGGAGAAAUCAAGAGCCUACUGAGCAUUCAAGAGGCCAAUGUUAAGUCAUUGCAAGGCUCUUACAAGGAACAUGGGACAUUCAUGAUAGACCAAAUGCGUGUCAAUAUAGAUACUUAUAUAGAUGUAUGUAGUAAUAGGUCUGUGAGUACAUCAAGAACAAAUGAGCAAUGUUUAAAAGAAGAAAUUUGUAGUAGUGUUCUUUCUAUCUUGAAUGAAUUUGAUAAUAUUACUGCGAAGGAACUUAGCGAGAUGAAAGCUGAAGUUAUAAGCAUUAAAGGGUCAGUUACAAGUUCUUUUCAUAAAUGCACCAGUCUUCACAAUGACUUGUCACAAUUCCAUGAAAUUGUUCAGAAAAUUGGAGAUCAUAAGCAGCUCUGCCUUAUAGCCAGCAUAAAAUGUAAGCAUAUAAUACAGCAGGCACUGACUCUGCUGGGAAAGUCAGGCAAGGCGUUUAAUGUCCAGAGUAAUGCUAAGCACAAUGUGAGAAUACCAAGUGAUUCAGAUGUAUGUUUGAUCACAGGCAUAUGUGUUCUGACUGAUGGGCAGGUGCUGGUCGCAGACUGGAAGAAUAAGAGGUGCAAGCUGCUGAACCAGCAGUACCAGGUGGUGAGUCACUGUGAUGUGACUGAUGUAAGGGACAUGUGUCAGAUCACACCCAGUGAGGUUGCUGUGGCUGUGAAUAAGAAUGCUAGCAACACACAUAAUGUCCAGUUUAUUACAGUCACCCAGAGCCAGCUCUCUCUUGGUAGGAAGCUUGAGUUACAACAUGGAUGUACAGGUAUUACCUGCCAUCAGGGAGAACUGUUUAUCUGCUCUGGUACUGCUCUGUACAAGUACACACUAUAUGGCAAACAGCUCUGCAGACUCUAUGAAGAUAGGUCAUCUGAUUAUGCAGGCCAGGUGCUGGUCUGUGGAUUGGGGUCCGCCACUGUACUACAGUUGUUGCUGAGUUAUGACAACGAUGCUGAGGAUGUGGUGGACAAGAAUGACCUGAAGACUCAGAAAGUGAGCCCCGGUUUUGAUAUAGAGUUGGUACGGCAACGGCACCAGUCGGGCCCGCAGAAGCCUCAAGUCAAGCACGACCCCUCCCCUGACCCCAAGCUUCUCCCAUUUGACAUCCAGCUUCAAAGGAGUUUUAGUCGGAAGUGUAUGCUUACCACUGGGAUACUCCUGGACAGUCGUAACUUUACGGACAGUCCCGGUUCGUCCUCACAGGUGUCCAAACUGGCCGAAGAGAACGCACUUUUGACGCAGUUGCUAACAAAGAAAGGCAGCACCGACUUUGUUGUGAACACUCAUAGCAUCCAUGGCCAUGCCUCAGGCGGGAAGUUCGACCAACAGCUGAAACAAGGUGCUAAAGGUGAACCCAUCAGGAUAGAGCAGGCGCUGAGUGACUCGCCUGUUUACGUGACUGACCUCCAUAUGUUGCUCUCCAAUAAUGUGAACCUGACUGAGGAGCAGUGUUGUCCUACAUUCCCUGUUCAUGGCGGUGACUUUGGCGUCAAGACUCACACAAUCUCUGGCUAUGGCCCUAUCGCAGCAGCAGCAAAAACAGGAACGGACAACAACAGGCUCUCUGGUCAGCUGGGCCCCUACAGGACCCCAUGCAGUCACACAUCUGUACACAGCGGAACAAGAACAGGCUCUCUGGUCAGCUGGGCCCCUACAGGACCCCAUGCAGUCACACAUCUGUACACAGCGGACAACAACAGGCUCUCUGGUCAGCUGGGCCUGGACGCCUGGGGACAAAUCCUUGGUAUAGGCGGUGAGCUCUUGGGCCAGGAAUUUGGGUCAAAGCUGAACGAGUCCUACCCCAAGGGUACAUCCAGUCUAACCAUGGGGCUCCAAACUUCCCUUCUCAGGGGCAGAUAUAACCUCAUCUACAAGGGUCCUUAUCAUCACAAGUUUGGACUAGCAAAUGAUGUUCCCCAACUGCAACACAGCCACUGCAUCUCAACAGGUAAGUCCCAGUUAUACACAGGCACUACAUCUCAACAGGUAAGUCCCAGUAAUACACAGGCACUAAAUCUCAACAGGUAG